AUGCUGCAAAAAGAGCUACAUGACAAUCCUUUCUUUGGGGGUGCUCCCCUGCCUCCAAAGACCUUGGACGUGGAUGCAGUAAUGAAGGAGCUGUCAAUGCAAGAGAAAAUACAACUUUUGUCUGGUGUAGACAACUGGCAUUUGAAGGAGAUCAAGCGUUUAGGUAUUCCCGCCAUUCGAGUGUCGGACGGUCCCAAUGGCAUCCGCGGCACCAAGAUGUUUAAUGGCUCUCCAGCGGCUUGCUUACCCUGCGGAACGGCUCUCGCAGCAACCUGGGAUAUGGACAUGAUUCGACGAGGAGGAGAAUUGCAAGCCCGUGAAGCCAUUGCUAAAGGUGUUUCGGUCAUCCUCGGACCUACAAUCAACACGCAGCGGUCACCAAUGGGAGGACGAAGCUUCGAAUCUUUCAGCGAGGACCCAGUCCUGGCGGGAGCAACAGCGGCGGCAACUAUUCAGGGAAUCCAAUCUAAAGGUUUGUCGACGGUCAUCAAACAUUUCGUCUGUAACGACCAAGAGCACGAGAGGAUGAAGCAGGACUCUCGGGUGAGCGCGCGGGCACUUCGGGAGAUUUACAUGCUUCCAUUUCAGAUUGCCCUUCGACUAUCCAAGCCUUGGGCAUUCAUGUCCAGCUAUAACCGAGUCAAUGGCAUCCACGCCAGCGAGGAUCCUUGGUUGCUGGGAGACGUUUUACGAGGAGAAUGGGGGUUUGACGGUCUCGUUAUGAGCGAUUGGACCGGGACAUAUUCAACCGCCGAGGCGAUCAAAGCCGGUCUUGACCUCGAAAUGCCGGGACCUUCGUUGAUGCGAGCGUCUCUAGUCAACCAUGCUCUCGUGUGUGGCAAGCUGAGCAAGGAUGACAUUGACAUUUGUGUGCGCCGAGUCCUGCAAUUUAUAAAUCGAGUCAUCCCUCUAGGAAUACCGUCACAUGCGCCGGAACGCACCAUCGAUACCAAAGAAACAGCCGCCGAGCUCAGAAGCUUGGCGUCAUCCUCGAUCGUACUCUUGCGCAACGAAGAAGGCAUCUCGUCCCUCUCAACAGGCCGCGUCGACUACACGGUCGGAUGUGCGUCUGGAAGUAAACCUGCUCUGAUCACCAACAUGAUUCCGGAACUGAGAAUGUCGGCAUACAACGCACCAUCUCAAGAUACGUCCCGACAGAAGCUCGAUGAGAUGACAAUCAAGACUUCCGAUCUAUUCUUCUUUGACUACUGCCCACCCCUUCCCAUGUCUCACCAUGGUGCGUGGUAUGCCGACAUCACUGGAACUUUGAUUGCCGAUGUUACGGGAGAGUAUCUUUUCAGUAUCAGUGUGGCCGGCACCGCUAGGCUCUUCGUCGAUGGGACGUUGGUGGUUGAUGCUGCAUCGCAUCAGACAGCCGGAGGGACGUUCUUCGGACAUGGAACGGGUGAAAUUCUUGGUCGUAUUAACCUCGUAAAAUCGCAACCAUACAAGGUGAUGGUUGAGUUUGGAUCCAUCGCCACAAGCUUACUUCAGACGCACAGUAUCGAGUCAACGACAGGAGGGGGCAUCAGGAUUGGUUGCGCCUACCAAUUGAAUGCCGAAGAGGAGAUACGAAAUGCUGUCAGGAUUGCCAAACAUGUGGACCAAGUUGCUAUCAUCGCUGGACUCAAUUCUGAUAUCGAGUCUGAAGGUUACGAUCGCGAAGAGUUUGGCUUGCCUGGCCACGCCGACCGCCUUAUCCGCGAGGUGGCCGCAGCAAAUCCAAAUACCGCGGUUGUCGUCCAAUCAGGCAGUCCGGUAGCCAUGCCUUGGAUGCAGUUGGCUCCCGCAAUUGUGCAAGCAUGGUACGGCGGCAAUGAGACCGGUAAUGCUAUUGCAGACAUCCUCUUCGGAGAUGUCAAUCCUGCUGGGAAACUUCCUCUCACAUUUCCUGUUCGACUAGAGGACACACCCACCUACUUAAACUUUGGCUCCGAAAGAGGUCGCACCCUGUAUGGCGAAGAUGUGUUUGUGGGAUAUCGUUUCUACGAAAAGAGCAACCGACGCGUUCUCUUUCCCUUUGGACAUGGCCUCUCCUACACAGAGUUUAAAAUUGGAAAGCUGAACAUCUACACGUCUGAGAAGGAAGAUACCAUCACCGUUUCCAUUAGUGUACAGAACCUAGGUUCACGCGCAGGUGCAUAUGUUGCCCAGGUCUACAUUUCACAGCGACAACCCUCAGUCGCGAGACCGAUAAAAGAACUGAAAGGAUUCACAAAAGUUUUCUUGGAGAGUGGCGAGGAGAAGACGGGAACUAUAUCGAUGAGUUUCAAGUAUGCGACAAGUUUCUGGGACGAACAAAAGAACGCAUGGGCAAUGGAGAAGGACACUUUCGACGUGCUGAUAGGAUCUAGCUCAUAUGACAAGGAAAGUUUAAGCACAUCGUUUGAGGUUUCCGAAAACAAGUGGUGGAGCGGAAUAUAG